AUGGCGGCCGCUGCGGAGGAGCCGUUCCCCUUCCACGGCCUCCUGCCCAAGAAGGAGACCGGCGCCGCCGCCUUCCUCGCCCGCUUCCCCGACUUCGACGGGCGGGGGGUGCUGCUGGCUGUGCUGGACACCGGCGUUGACCCGGGGGCGCCGGGCAUGCAGAUUACAACUGAUGGGAAACCCAAGAUAAUUGAUAUAAUUGAUACAACAGGCAGUGGUGAUGUAACUACAUGUACCAUUGUAGAACCUAAAGAUGGGGAAAUUACUGGUCUUUCUGGAAGAACUUUAAAGAUUCCAGCGAACUGGGUAAAUCCUUCAGGCAAAUAUCACAUUGGCAUAAAAAAUGGCUAUGAUAUCUAUCCUAAAGCUCUUAAGGAGAGGAUUCAGAAAGAGCGCAAGGAAAAGCUCUGGGAUCCUGUUCACAGACUGGCUCUGGCAGAGGCCUGUAGGAAACAAGAAGAAUUUGAUGCUGCUCAUAGCUCUCUCUCCCAGGUAAAUAAACUCAUAAAGGAAGAACUUCAAAAUCAAGUGGAACUGUUGAAUUCUUUUGAGAAAAAAUACAGUGAUCCUGGCCCAGUAUAUGAUUGUCUAGUAUGGAAUGAUGGUGAGACCUGGAGAGCCUGCAUAGAUACAAGUGAGAGUGGUGACUUAACUAGCUGUACAGUGCUUAGAACCUACAAAGAGGCUCAGGAAUAUGGAUCUUUUGGAACAUCUGAGAUGUUGAAUUAUUCUGUGAAUAUAUAUGAUGAUGGAAACCUUCUUUCCAUUGUGACAAGUGGAGGAGCACAUGGAACACACGUGGCUAGUAUUGCAGCUGGAUAUUUUCCAGAAGAACCAGAACGAAAUGGUGUGGCUCCUGGAGCUCAGAUUCUUGCAAUCAAGAUUGGUGAUACGAGACUAAGUACAAUGGAAACUGGCACUGGUCUAAUAAGAGCCAUGAUAGAAGCAAUAAAAUAUAAAUGUGAUCUUGUCAACUAUAGCUAUGGAGAGGCAACACAUUGGCCAAAUUCUGGGAGAAUUUGUGAAGUAAUUAAUGAAGCAGUGUGGAAACACAACGUAAUCUAUGUUUCAAGUGCAGGAAAUAAUGGCCCUUGCCUUUCUACAGUAGGAUGUCCUGGUGGAACUACAUCUAGUGUAAUAGGUGUUGGUGCCUAUGUUUCACCUGACAUGAUGGUUGCUGAAUACUCUUUAAGAGAAAAACUGCCAGCAAAUCAAUAUACUUGGUCAUCCAGAGGGCCUAGCACUGAUGGAGCCCUUGGAGUAAGUAUCAGUGCACCAGGAGGUGCUAUUGCUUCUGUUCCAAACUGGACUCUGCGAGGAACACAACUCAUGAAUGGAACAUCCAUGUCUUCCCCCAAUGCAUGUGGAGGCAUUGCAUUAGUAUUGUCAGGACUCAAAGCUAAUGACAUUCAUUAUACUGUUCAUUCUGUCAGAAGAGCUUUAGAAAACACUGCAGUGAAAGCUGAAAACAUAGAAGUGUUUGCACAAGGACAUGGUAUUAUUCAGGUUGAUAAAGCCUAUGACUACCUCAUUCAGAAUUCAUCAUUCACAAGUAACAUAGGCUUUACGGUUACUGUCGGCAGCAACCGUGGAAUCUACCUCAGAGAUCCUGCCCAGAUAGCUGCACCUUCUGAUCAUGGGGUUGGCAUAGAACCUGUCUUUCCUGAGAAUACAGAAAACACUGAAAGAAUAUCUCUCCAGCUUCAUUUAGCUUUAACUUCAAAUGCACCGUGGGUCCAGUGUCCUAGUCAUUUAGAGCUUAUGAACCAAUGUCGACACAUAAAUGUUCGUGUGGAUCCACGUGGCCUGAGAGAAGGACUACAUUAUACAGAGGUGUGUGGAUAUGAUAUAGCAAUGCCUAAUGCAGGCCCUCUGUUCAGAGUUCCAAUAACUGUUGUUAUACCAACAAGAGUGGAUGAAUCAUCAAGCUAUGACCUGACAUACACAGAUGUUCAUUUUAAACCCGGUCAAAUCCGAAGGCACUUCAUUGAUGUUCCUCAGGGAGCUACGUGGGCUGAAGUGACAGUAUGUUCAUGUUCAGCUGAUGUGACUGCCAAGUUUGUGCUUCAUGCCGUUCAGCUAGUGAAACAAAAAGCAUAUAGAAGUCAUGAGUUCUACAAAUUUUCAUCCUUGCCAGAAAAAGGAUCAGUGACUGAAGCAUUUCCUGUCUUAGCUGGAAAAACUAUUGAAUUUUGUGUUGCUCGGUGGUGGGCAAGCCUUAGCGAUGUUAGCAUUAAUUACACAAUUUCUUUCCAUGGUGUACUUUGUGCUACUCCUCAGCUAAACAUGCAUGCUUCAGAAGGCAUCGUACGAUUUGAUGUUCAGUCCCUGUUGAAGUAUGAAGAUAUUGCUCCGUGCAUAAAUCUGAAAAGCUGGGUUCAAACGCUCAGACCAGUGAGUGCAAAAAUAAAACCUUUGGGCUCCAGAGAUAUUUUACCAAAUAAUCGUCAACUGUAUGAGAUGAUUUUGACCUAUAACUUUCAUCAGCCUAAGAGUGGAGAAGUAACUCCAAGCUGUCCACUUCUUUGUGAAUUGUUGUACGAAUCUGAAUUUGAUAGUCAACUGUGGAUUAUUUUUGACCAGAACAAAAGACAAAUGGGUUCAGGAGAUGCCUAUCCACACCAGUAUUCUGUGAAACUGGAAAAAGGAGAUUACACUAUUCGGUUACAAAUUCGUCACGAACAGAACAGUGAGCUGGAUCGCAUCAAAGACCUUCCAUUUAUUGUUUCUCACAGGUUGUCUAGUACCUUGAGCUUAGAUAUUUAUGAAAACCAUAGCCUUGCUCUCUUAGGGAAGAAGAAAUCCAACAGUUUGACAUUACCACCAAAACACAGUCAGCCAUUCUUUGUUACAUCUCUGCCUGAUGACAAAAUACCUAAAGGGGCAGGACCAGGAUGUUAUCUUGCAGGAGCUCUUACACUGUCUAAAACAGAACUUGGAAAGAAAGCUGGGCAGUCCGCAGCAAAGCGACAAGGAAAAUUUAAAAAGGAUGUCCUUACUGUUCACUAUCAUCUAAUACCAUCACCAUCAAAGAGUAAAAAUGGCAGCAAAGAGAAAGAAAGAGAACAGGAAAAAGAAAAAGAUGUAAAAGAAGAAUUUGCUGAAGCUUUAAGAGAUCUAAAAAUACAGUGGAUGACCAAGCUGGAUACCGCUGACAUGUAUAAUGAGUUGAAAGAAGCAUUUCCUAAUCAUCUUCCGUUGUAUGUUGCAAGACUUCAUCAGCUGGAUUCUGAGAAGGAACGAAUGAAAAGACUUGAUGAAAUUAUUGAAGCUGCAAAUACUGUAAUCUCUCAUAUUGAUCAGACAGCAUUAGCAGUAUAUUUUGCCAUGAAGACUGAUCCCAGGCCUGAUGCGACUACUAUAAAAAAUGAAAUGGAAAAACAGAAGACUACUUUAGUGGAUGCACUUUGUCGAAAAGGAAGUGCACUGGCUGACCAACUUCUUCACCUGCAGGCCCAAGAAGGGGCUGCUUCCAGUGAUGCAGAAAGCAAAGAUGAGGAUCAUGAGAGCUGCUCAGAAGCUUUGACAGAGACAUUCUGGGAAACAACAAAAUGGACUGAUCUUUUUGACAGCAAGGUUUUGACUUUUGCCUAUAAGCACGCAUUGGUAAAUAAAAUGUAUGGGAGAGGUCUCAAGUUUGCCACAAAACUUGCAGAAGAGAAGCCAACAAAGGACAACUUGAAAAACUGCAUUCAGCUAAUGAAGUUGCUUGGAUGGACUCAUUGUGCAACUUUCACUGAAAAUUGGCUUCCUGUCAUGUAUCCACCUGAUUAUUGCGUAUUCUAGAAAACCAACAAUUGUA